AUGGGAGGAAACUGCAUGUGCAGUUAUCACGGCAUUGUAAGGCUGGAUUCAAUCAAAGGCCCUGCUGUAGACAUAAUGGGAAAGCGUGCACGACCGGGCCUGGUCGUGGGUUUGGUGGCAGCUGUGCUUUGCAGUCAAUGUCCUGCCUUUAGCAGUCGCACCCCUCGGGCGACACGCGUCCCCCGCGCCGCGAGCGGGCCCAGUGAGGGUCGGGUGCUGCGCGUGCUCGUACCCAUCGCUGAAGACUCCGAGGAGAUUGAAACGGCCUGCAUCACCGACGUGCUGACGCGCGCGGGUGCGGAGGUGACCGUGGCCAGCUGCAGCGAAGCAUUGCAAGUUCGCAUGUCGCGCGGGUUGAAGGUGGUGGCCGACAAAGACAUCAGCGACUGCAAAGGUGUCGCUUGGGAUGCGAUCGCACUACCAGGGGGGAUGCCAGGAGCGGAACACCUUCGAGACAACCAAGUUCUCAAGGAGAUGCUGCAGGAGCAAAAGCUCAGUGGUCGCUUGACCUGUGCGGUUUGCGCAAGUCCUGCAGUGGUCUUCGCCCAACAUGGACUCUUAGAGAGCAGCGCCACCUGCUAUCCUGCGCCGAAGUUCAAAGAGAUGGUGGGUUCCAGUUGGAAGGAUGCUCAAGCGGUGGUGGAUGGCAACGUCAUUACCAGCCAAGGGCCUGGCACCUCGCUGCAGUUCGCUUUGAAGAUUGUCGAAGAACUCUAUGGGAAGGACAAGGCGGAGGAGUUGGCACAGCAGAUGGUGACCAAGACCGCCUGA